AUUUCGGCCGAGCAACCCCUCAAAAGAAAAGUGCAAUUGGAGCCGCUACGACGGGCGAUAGGAUUUGCGGAGGAUUCAGGACCCACCUGGAAGAGGCGCUGGAAGGCAUAGUAGCCGCAGGACAAGGCCACGAAUAUCCAGAAGACCCCGUUGAUAAGCAAUAUGUCUUCCGCUUUGGCUAAAAUCGAGGACUUUCCCUCUGAUCCCGUGGAGUUUUUCAAGGAGAUCCUUCAGGCAGCUGCCAAAGGACAUCCAGAUGGAUUUUUGCAGGAAAUGAACCUGGCCACUGUGGACGAGGAGUACGGAGUCCUCAAUCGCACUGUCCUAUACCGAGGUCUCACCCCGGAUAACUUCGUGUUCUAUAUAACGCAUCGGUAUACUCGCAACUUCAAAAACCUCCAAGCCAAUUCCAAGGCCUGCGUCACCUUCUACAUGCCGGAUGUCAAGGAUACGACCGGAAAGGAUAGCUCAUGGCAGGUGCGACUGAUCGGGGCCACUGCCGUGGAGCUUCCCCAGACCGAAAUGGAUGCCUUGUGGGCCAAGGAGAGCUUGGCGGCCCAAAUCAGGGGUCACAUAUGUCCCUGCGGAGAGCCCAUCAAUUACGAUGAACUCAAGGCGAGGCACGAUAGGUUCCUCCAGGAACACAAUGGCAAAUCCAUUGCGAGGCCCGCCAGCUAUACCGCCUGGAAAUUCCAGCCGCAGCGAUGGGACUUCCUGAAAGUGGGCCUCAACGAGAUCGCCGAUCGGGUGCAGUACCGCCUGCAGGACAAUGGAAAAUGGGAGUCCAUGCAUGUCGCCACUUAAAUGGAUAACCCA